GGGAGCCUCCCUGCUGUUAUCCUUGUUCCUCGCGGGAGGCGGUUUGGCGGCCGCGGUUCUCCUUCUCGGGUUUGCUCCUUCGUCCCGGUGUCGGCGUGGAGCAGCCUUUCUGGGGCUGUUUGGACACCUCGGUGAAGUACAGCGGGUUUCGAGUAGGUUUCCAGCCCGCAAGCCUUGCUUCCUCCUGGAGCUGCGGCACUUCGUCUCACCCAAGGGCAUGGAUGAAAAUGAAAACAGCCAGUCUCCAACAACAAGCUACCAAUAUCCUAAAGAAACAGUAAGAAAGCGCCAAAACUCAGUACAGAAUUCAGAAGGAAGUGUGUCUUCUAGGUUUUCCAGGAAAAGCUUCAAACUGGAUUACAGACUAGAGGAAGAUGUAACUAAAUCGAAGAAAGGAAAAGAUGGGAGAUUUGUUAACCCAUGGCCAACAUGGAAAAACAUCUCUAUCCCAAAUAUUCUUAGAUGGGUGAUAAUGGAGAAAAAUCAUAGCAAUGUUCCAGGUUCCAAAGAGGAACUUGACAAAGAACUCCCAGUGCUGAAGCCAUACUUUGUCAGUAACCCCGAAGAAGCUGGAGUGAGAGAGGCUGGCUUGAGAGUCACGUGGCUGGGACAUGCAACGCUGAUGGUGGAGAUGGAUGAGCUCAUCUUCCUCACAGAUCCCAUGUUCAGCUCCCGUGCUUCGCCCUCGCAGUACAUGGGUCCAAAGCGGUUCCGCCGUCCGCCGUGUACGAUAGGUGAACUCCCCCAAAUAGACGCCGUCGUGAUCAGCCACAACCACUAUGACCACCUGGACCACAGCACUGUCCUCGCCUUGAACGAGCGGUUUGGCAGUGAGCUGAGGUGGUUUGUGCCUCUGGGCCUUCUCGACUGGAUGCAGAAAUGUGGCUGUGACAAUGUGAUUGAGCUUGACUGGUGGGAGGAGAAUUGCGUCCCGGGCCACGACAAGGUCACCUUUGUCUUAACGCCUUCCCAGCACUGGUGUAAAAGGACCCUCAUGGAUGACAAUAAGGUUCUGUGGGGCAGCUGGUCUGUGUUAGGGCCUUGGAAUCGGUUCUUCUUUGCCGGGGAUACUGGCUACUGCCCUGCUUUUGAAGAGAUAGGAAAAAGGUUUGGUCCUUUUGACCUUGCAGCUAUCCCCAUUGGAGCUUAUGCACCAAGGUGGUUUAUGAAAUACCAGCAUGCUGACCCAGAAGAUGCCGUAAGGAUUCACAUUGAUGUCCAAGCGAAGAGAUCUGUGGCAAUUCACUGGGGAACUUUUGCCUUAGCUAAUGAGCAUUACUUAGAGCCGCCGGUGAAACUGCAUGAAGCUCUAGAGAGGUACGGACUUAAAAGUGAAGAUUUCUUUGUCCUGAAGCACGGAGAAUCAAGAUACUUGAAUACUGAUGAGAAAGCUUCUGAAGAAAAAUGAAAACAGGAAUUUUCACUGAAAAGACUUAAGAAAUUCUUCAUGACAUUUUUCACAUGGAAACAAUUGCAGCAAGUGUGUGUUUUGCUUAAUAUUAUAACUUGCCAACUGAUAAGACUUGCUUUAUAUAAACUGGGGGUCUUGGGGUGGGUUAUUUAAGGAACUGUCCAAUAUAGACUUACAAAACAUACCAAUGGUCUAAACAUUGCAAAAUAUUAUUUUUUAUCAAAACAAUACAUUGUGGUGGUAGUACAAUGUUAUGAAAAAAUGACAUUAAAGUUCCAUUUCUUUUUUUGAUACUCAAAGCUUUUGACAAAGAAGAGACAAGCUUACCCCACCUAGAUUUUACACACACACACACACACACACACACACACACACACACACACACACAUACACACACACCUUUCUUACAUUCAUAUAAUGAGAAACUUGACCUCCACAUGCUAAUUAAAUGUAUCAGUUCUUUGUCAAGAUUAGCUGCUGGUCAUGGUGAUGCAUGACUACAGUUCAACACUCCAAGGGAUAAGGCAGACAGUCCACAAGUUCAAGGCCAACCAGAGCUACAAGUGAGAGCCUGGCUCAAGAGAAAACACGAGCUCACGUGCCAAAUGUUAAGUGAUCUGUCUUGUUAGGCUUAAGAAGGUAGGAGUUUGGGCUAAAUUAUCAUUUUUAAAAUAACUUUUUAUUGUCAUAUAUACACUGCAUAAUUACAUCUCCACAGCUGCGUUCUCCAAGUUAAAAGCUGAUGCGCAGAGAAGGGUAGAGUGUGGGUGUGAGACUUAGGGGAGGUUCUUCGUUUCAAAGGCCGACAUCCUGCCAAGCAAGCACAACUUCAACUACAGUGAGGCCUGUCACAAAGGAGAGAAUGUAGAUCCUAAAUGUGAAGACAUAGUGCACUUGCAACUUUUAUUCUCUUUACUUUCCACUUUCUAUACACUUUCUUCCCGUUCUCUCAGCUCUUACCUGAAGUAUAUCAAUAAGAUUUAUAAGACUGUUUUACAUGACUUGGAUGUGGCAUAUAUUUUUGUAUUAAAUGACCUAUAAGCACAACUGUUCCCCUUAGUAAGCCACUGUGAAAUCCCAGUGUUUUAAGGUUGUGUGUGUCUGCUGACCAGAGUCUUUGUCCCAGUAUGCCUCUGCAUUCACAGGUUUGUUGUGAGCCUUCAGGAAGCAGGCUGCCUGGGCAGUAGUGACGCCAUCAUAGACCAACGGCACAAAACUCAGUAGGUUUCCCAUAUAUAUACAUAUUAAGGUAUAUAUCUCUCAAGUAUUAGAUAGGAGUACUCAGUAAUUUUAUGUAUUUGCAUGCGUACAUGCAUGUCACCUCGGCCUCUCCUCGGACCUGCAUUCAUUCCGUCAUGAUCACCCCAAAACAAGUGACCCGUGUUUGGACCCACUAUCAUCAUGUCCAAGAGGACAAUGUCAACCUACCUCCAAAGGCCGAGAAUAACAGAUUUUUUUAAAAAGCACUUUAGGAACCUAAGUGUUCGCAGACAGGCACAGCAGACACUGAACAUCAGUGUUCCUGUUGCAGAUACCAAACUGGUGUAACCACCUCACCCUACUUAAUGUGGCUUUAGAGGGAAAGAGCCAACGUAAGCGAUUGUCAGAACUUAGUAUUUUUAUAUAAAAUGGUCCUGUCAGUCUAGGGGAACUGUGUGUUGUCAUACGGUGCAUACAGUGACCGGGACUCGAGGCACUAAUGCACGGGAUUCCAUGUGAAACCAGCUUCCCCCUGCAUGCGGAUGUGACUGCCCACAGUGGGGCACGGUUCCAGCCUUGGGGCACGCUGCUCCACCCGGCACCCUGGCAGUCAUCUUGUUACUGCACGUCACGCUGAGAAUUCUCUACUUACGAAGCAAGCACUGUGCCUUGCUUAAGGAUUUCUCCGUGAUUGGCCUUAACGUUGCUUUUGUACCCCCCCCCACCCCCUCACUGAGGCUCUCUGGGUGCUCUGUGUUCAAGUCCGUUGAUUGAACUGGGCCUGCCUCGUUUUCUAGGUUUCCUCAUGAAUUCUGUUUCUUUCAGUUUACAUACAUAGAAGCUCUAUUCGUUAUGAAGUACGUCAAAUAUCUCCUGAGCACAACCACCCUAUUGAAUGGUCUUCACUUUAUUUUUCUAAUCCACAUUUCAAAGGAUGUAUGCGUAAAGUGAAAUUAAAUUUUGAAAAAUCUAUUUUCCUUUGUUAGUCUGAUAUACAUUGUAAAUACUGUCUAAUGGAUCUUCUAAAUAAAAUAUUAUAAAAGUA